UCUGAGUCCGGCUACAUCGUCUUGAUCGUGAGUAUAUAAGCAACCAUGUAUCAAGUUCGAGGGCAUUAUAAAAUUCAAGACAUCAUCUUGUGUAGUCCUGAUUAAAAAUACUCAUUAUGAAGGGAUACUGUAUCUUAGUCUUGUGGAUGAUCAGUGGAAUACUUGGAAAGCCAACUGAUGUCUUAUUGGAAUACCAGGAUAGCAUGGGUCAGUAUAGUUUUGGAUACAGUGGUCCAGAUUCAGCGAGAUCAGAAAUACGAUUAGCUGAUGGUAAAACACGUGGUGCAUACAGUUAUGUUGAUGCUUUUGGUGCUAUACAAACAGCUAAAUAUACAGCUGAUAGUGAAAAUGGUUUUCUUAUUGAUGCAACAAAUUUACCAAAAGCACCACAACCUGUACAAGACACAGAUGAAGUUAGAGCAGCACGUGAAAAACAUUUUCAAGCAUAUGAAGAAGCUUUAAAAAUGAGUGAAUCAAAUAUGCCAAUUAAAAGUUCACAAGAAUCACAUCAAGCUGAAGAAAAAAUAGAUAUGCCUAAAAUAGAAAUGAAAAAAAAUGAAGAAUCAUUUAAACCAGAAAUUAUUUCAAGAAUGACUGAAUCUUCUGGAUCACCAAAUAAUGAGGAAAAAAUGAUGGACAAAAAUUCUGGAAUAACAUCAAUGGUUAGAACAUCAUUUUUUGCACCUGGAAGUAAUUAUCACAGUCAAAUUGAUUUACGAGAAGAACCAGCUGCACCCUUACCUGCUUCAUCUCUACCUCAAGAAAUGAGAAACGAGGGAAUCAAAGUUUCAACACAAUCAAAAAGAGGCGAUGGAUAUGCUGUUAAUGUUUACACUUCACCAUAUUCAUUUACACCAAUUUUGCAUGCACCAUAUUCACAUCCAUAUUAUCCAUAUGGUUAUUACUCCAUUUUACCAAGUUACACUCGUUUUUAUUAAAUAAUAAUUGUAUUUUUUUUUUAUUGAAUUUUUAAUUGAAAAAGAAAAAACAAAAAAGUUCAUUGAUUCUUCAGUAUUUUGUCUUUUUAUUAUCGACAAAUUAAUUUUUUUUGUUUUUUUACAUAAUAAUGCAAGUAUCAACAAUAAAUAAACUAAUUUUUCUUUUUGAAUUAUAAUUAUAAUUUUUAUCACUUUUACAAUUUACUAUGGUAUGUUACAGAAGAAAAAAAAAAAUAUUAUUGAUAAUGUUAAAAUGAUAAAAAAAAAAAAAAACACUUAUACUGGAAUAAAAAAUUAAAUGAGAUAAAAUAUAUGGCCUUGUGAUAUUUUUCAUAUUAAUACGAUAAAAUCUAUUACUAAUUUUAAUGUUAUUUAACUACUUAAAUGUAUUUUUAAUUAUUUAAUUUUAAUUUUUCUAAACGUCCGAAAUAAUGGUCUAAACAAUUUGAAUAAUUGAUUCAUGGCAAUUAAUUAACGAUCAUUUUUCUAAUAAUUAUAUAUAUUAAUAUAUUUUUAAAUAUUUUUAUAUCACGUGACAACAAUAUGAUUUCUACGAUGAAAUAUGUCACCUUUUUUUUUAAUUUUUGUAAUUUAUUUAAAUUUUUAUUUUCUAUUUAAUUGAGUCUUUGUAUGAUUAAAUUUUUUUCGUUUUCAUUUAUAUCAUAUAUAAAUCUAAAUAUUUUUAAAUAUAUUUUUAUGGUGAUAUUGUUGAUAAUUUAUCAUGUAUAAUAUAUAUAAUUAUGUUAAUGAUUCUAACACAGUCGUAACAUUCAGCACGGAUAUAAUUUUAUUUUUCUACGUGCUCAAUAAAUUUUUCCAGUUCAUAAUUACUUAAUUUCUUUUUUAUAUCUAUAUUUUUUUUAUUAUUUUUUUUUUUGCUUCUUUCAUUGUGUUUAUUUCGCACUUUUUAUGAAUAUAAUCAAUUGAAUAAAAUUCACUUGAUUUUUAUUUUACUGAACAUUUUUUGUUACUAAUUUUUUAUCAUGAAAAAAUGAAGUUCUGAUCUAUUGGACAAAAAUAAAAUUGACUAAUACAUUCGUAUAUUUAAUUAUCAUUACAUUAUCGUUUUUUAAAUUUUUUUUAUUUUUAGUUAAAUUUAAUUUGCUAACAGUUGGGCGGUAUGUUUUAUUUAUUUUUAUUUUUCAAAUAAUCAGUUUUUUUGUUCAUAAAUAAAUUAAUAAAAAAAAACUGUUAUAUAAUACAAUUGUAUUAUCACAAAGCCAAUAAAUAAAUACGCAUUCAUGAUUUUUAUUUUUUUCUUAUCUUUUUUUUUUUUUUUGUUUCUUCUCAUUUCACUUUCACUUAAAACGAUAAUGCUCCCACGCAGCAGCUCACUUACGGUCAUUUUUUUUUAUCAAUUUUUUUUCUCUUCAAUAUGUCAACAUUUCAUAAUAUAUCUUAUACAAUUAUAGGUUUAUUUAUAUAUAUAUAUUUAUUUAUUUAUUAAAUGUAUAGAGUCCGUGCAACGUGAGCGCAAUUUUUUCAACAUCCAAAAUUCAUUCAUUUUCAUAAUACAAUUUAAGAUUUAUAUUCUAUUUAUACUUUUAGGAUUUAAUUCUGUUUUACAAUUGACACUAUAUAUUUAAUUUGUUUUUUAAUAUUUAUCUUAAUUCAAUUGACCUCUGCCCUCCUCAAUUAACUCGCCAGUUAUAUUUUUUUUUUAUUUAUUUUUCAUAUGUUUAUUCAAUUUAUUAUUUAUUUCACCGAGUCUAUGUUUUUAAUUAUUAUUAACAGUCAAUUUAUUUUAUUUUUUUGUUUCACGUUCAAUUAAUUUUAUGUUGUGAUAAAUUUUCUAUCUAAGUAUUAUUUUUCAUUUAUUUAUGACUUUUUUUUUUUUUUCUUUUUUAUUUUUAUUUCAUGGUGAAUGAUUUUCUUCAUUUUUUAUUUUUUUCAGGGUAUACGUCAGUACACCUCAGAGUUCAUUAGGACAUAAUUUUGUUAUAUAUUCAAUAUUUGCUAUCGACAGCUGUUGGUUUUCAUGAAUUUUUAAAUCUUUUUUUUAUUUUUACAGUUGCACAUAUUUUACCUGUUUUUUUCCUUAUUAUUUUUUUUCAUUUGUAUAUUUAAGGAUACUUUUAUUUACUUUUAAUUAAGGGAGUAUGUAUUAUAACUUAUUUUUUACAUUUCUACUAUUAUCAUAAUUAUCAUAAUAAUAAAAUUCAUAAAAUAUUAUAGACCUCGUUAAAAAAAUUUAGUAAAAUUAUAAUAAAAAAGAAAAAAAGCGUACAUACAUUUUAAUAUUAAAUUGACUGUUAGAAUGUUAAGAUUAUUUUUUUUUGAUGAAUUCGGAUACAUUACGAUUAAAAUCGCAAUUACUUAAUUUUAUUAAUAUUUUAAAUUACUUUAAUUCCACCUCUGGUAGUAAUUAUCGUCGUCAAAUGAAUUAAAUUUCUCUAUUUAUCUAAUUGAAUACAAUUUUUAAAAAAUUGCAUUUCUCAUUCAUACUCACAAAUACACAUUAUCCCUGUCAUUUUAUUUAAUUAAAUAUUAUCCAAAUUAAUAACUAUUUAUAUUAUUAUUAACGAACAUAUGAGAUUGUCAAAUAUGUCAGUCAAUAUGACAUUUAAAUUUUUUGCACAAUGGCGCACGCGUUGUUCAUGUUUUCAAUUUGUUGUUGUUUUAUUUAUUAUAAAAAAAAUAGUCAAUUAUAGAUAGCAAUAGAAUAGAUCAAGUUAUUAUUAAAUAUUAUUUUAAUAUUAAUAUUAGAAUAAUUAUGAUUGACAUUAUAGUUAGUUAUAGAAAAAAAAAUAUAUAUAUAUGUAAAAUCAAAUGAAGAAGAAGAAAUAAAGUUUAUAAUUACCAGAGAUCGAUGACAGUUGUUGAUAGUCGAAAAAGUCCAUUAGAAUAUAGAAGAAAUAAUUGAAUAAUAUAGUUAAAAACAAAUGAUUAAAUAUAGAUUAUAGAAAUAAUGAAAAGUAGAAAAAGGAUAGGAAAAUACUGUGAUAUAGAUAUAUAUGUAUAAUGAGGAUGUUUGUAUACAUACAUCUACAGAACAAGAUAUAGAUAUAGAUGAUACUACAAUAGGUACAUGUGGCUAUUUGUAGAAGUACAAGUUUUAUAUAUAAUAAAUAUUUUUGUUAAUAAUAUAUAUAUGAAAGAAAAAAAAAAAUAUAAACUUUAAAUUUUAGAUAUGGUAUUGACAGUUUUUUUUUUCUUUUUCUUUUUUUUAAUUUAAAUAACCAAGGAUAACGCAAUAAUUGAUUGCCAGAUUAAAAAUUAUAUAAUAAAUUUGUGACGAAAUGUCACGAAUUAAUUUGGUAUAUUUAUUAAAUUUUUGUAAUUACUUAUUUACGAAGAACUGAGAAGUUCAGUUCGAUUGUCAAGCUUUAAUAAUAUAUUUUAUUUAAAAUAAAAUCUUGGCAAUUAUAGUGCAAGCGUUAUCCUUAGCCAAGAUACAAACUACAUACAGUAGUGAAUGCCAUAAAAGGUCAUCUGAUAUAUAGAUAUUUUUUUUUUUUCAAAUACAAUAAUAUUUUAUUUAAUAUAACAUUGAUGCCUUAUUUAACUUUUUUUUUUGUCGUGUAUUUUUUUUUUUUUUUUCGUCUUUUUACAACAAGGUAAUGACGUUGAUCCCAUAGAAUACGUGUUUAAACAUCUCAGGCACAAAUCGUAACGAUUGUAUUCGAUCAAGCUUGUGCGAAAGAAAUUCAUGUUAGCCGCACAUUUUAAUAAUUUAUUUUCAUUUUUUAAAUAUUUUUUUUGUUUUAAAUUCGAUUGUGGAAUGUAUAUAAUUUUCUUUUUUUUAACUUGUUUCUUUCUCAUGUUUAAAUUUUUAUGUAAAUAUAAUUAUAAUAAUUCACAAAUGGUUUAAUAAAUUUUAACGAUCCAUGUCGAAAUUUAAAAUAGUAAAAUAUAAGUAGUACUUAAAUAAAUUUGUAAAUUAUAUUAAAUACAUUGUUAAGUAAAAAAAAAAAAAAAAUGUAAGAGUUUGUUAACAAAUUUAAAAGAUAAAAAAAAUAUUUUAAAUAUUAGAUAAUAUAUAGAUCAAUGUAGGAUGUAGUAAAAUAAAUUUAAUGGAAAUUAUUCAUAGUAUUUAACUGUUAGUAUUUAUGUACAUGUAUAUUUGUGAAAAAAAAAUAAAUAAAUAAUAAAUAAUUGUGUUAUUUUGGGUGUUCUGUACGCGUACGCCUGUUUUUAAAUUGUUAUUUAAAAAUAUAACAAUAAAUUUUGAUAAAAUAACAAAUUAUGUUGUCACAGUUUAUCAUAAAAUUUUUCUUUUUCAACUCAACUACCUAUUGUUUUUUUUUUCUUCUUCAACUCAAUCACACACGUGUCGUUUUAUAAUCAUAAUUAAAUGCGCAAUAACUCACGUUUUGCGUGUUACUUGAUAACACUUUCAUCGUGAAAGGUACAUUUGUUGUAAUUAUUUGAAUUUCAUUAAAUAAUAUUGGAUAAUUUUUUUUUCCUUGAAAUAUAUCUGUUUGAGUUGAUUAAUUUAUUUCGUUUUAUUUAACUUAAUAUUUUAAUUAAUCCUAAUAAAUUUACUAAAUGCUUAAUUGUUAAAUGCUCGCUCUGACAAUAUUUUUUAUAUUUUUUUUUUAAAAUGAUUUUGUCGGAGCCGAGCUGAUUGUGACUUGCAACGCAAUUCCUGGCCCAAUAAUUGGUUUUAUUUAUUAAUUUAUUUUUUUAAAUAUUUUUAAAAAUAUUUUGAUUGUUAGUUUUUUUUUAUUAGUCUUUUAUUUUAUCCGAUGUUUUUUUUUUGUACCGAUUGACAGACUUCUCCUAGCAAUACUGUAUUUGAUAGAUAAAAAAAAAAAUUGAUAUGUUGAUUUUUUUGUUGUAGUUUUUAUUUUUUAAUUUAAUUUUUAAUCAAUAAAAUUAGAUGUAUCAAUAUGUCAAUUUGUUUUGAUAAAUAAAUCUUUUUUUUUUUUAUUUUUUGCUUAUAACAGUAUUGCAACGAGAAGAAUGACAGAGUAAUCGGUACAUGUUAGAGCGAAGAAUAGGGCAACAGGAAAGUAGGAAAAUAAGACGCGUACAGAAAACGCCGAUAUAAUUAUAAUCUUCAGUUAUUUUUUUUUGGAUCUUUCUAUAAUUUUUUAAAUAUAAAAAUGUUAUUUAUGAAAUUAAAUAAUUUAUCAUUGUCCAAGAUAAAAAUACAUAAUUCUGAUUGAUCAUUGUGUGGCAGCUUGAACCGUUUUCUUAGGGUUUUUAAUUAGUAUUUUAAAUCUUCUUGUCAGUAAAUAGAUAGAGAAAAGUGAUUGUCAUUUAAAUAUACACGUUUAUCAAAUCGUCACUACGUUAAUAUAGUUGAUUUAUCUUUUGUUUUUUUCUUUUUCCUUAACGUCGACGAUUUAUAAUAAUUACAAUUACUUGUUUUAUUUAAUAAGUUAAUUCUUAAUUUAUUGAACGUUAUUUAUUCUCAACGUUUGCCGGAGAACGGAGGCUUUGCGAGAGUGCAAAUAAAUCCACUAUAAUUAUCCUACUCAAUAUAUAUCACUUUCUUGUUAAUUUAUUUAUACUUAAAUAUUUUCGUUUUUUUAUUUUUUUUAAACACUGAGGAAAAGUAACAUUGACAAGGUCGCAGCACACAAUAUUAAAGACAGAUAAAAUUUAUGAUUUUUUUUCAAAAAAUAUCUAAAAAUUUCUACUGUCUGAUUAAAAAAAUUAUACAUUAAUAACACUUUUAUAUAUUUAUCAGUGUUGUAUAUUUUUUUUCUACUAAUUUUUAACUUUUUUUGUUUUAAUUUUUAAUGAAGUUAUGAUUAGUAAACGUUCAACGUUUUACUUUUAUAAAUUAAUAUGAAAAAUUAAUUGAAGAAAUUGCCAAAGAAAAAUGUUAAUUUUAAACGAUUUAAUAAGCAAUUAUUUUUUUAAAAUUGUGUAAAUGAUUUUCGUUUGUUUGAUAUUUAAAUAAUAAUUAUAAUUUUUUUUUUAAAUUGUCAUUAAUCAUUAUUUCUUAUACCACCAUAAUAAUGCUAUUAAUUUUAUACAACUCAUUUAUAAAAUAUAUUUAUAUUUAUCAUGUAUUCUAUUUUUUAAACUAAAAUAUAAUUGAUUAUCUCAUUAUAACUGCAUCUCGCAUUUAAGAACAACUUAAAAAUCAAAAUUAAAUGAUUAAUUUAUUGUUAAUAAUUUUAAACAAUAUUUCACCAAAGAAAUCACAAAUCAGUGGCUACUUUUUUAGGCCAUUCAAUUCUCAACUUCUCAGAUUAAAUAAUAUUCUAUUAUUAUGUUUUUCCUCUGAUAAAAAUGACUUGAAUUUUCUGUAAAAUAAAAAAAUAAUAAUUAUUAUAUAAAUAUAAUAAAACAAAUAAAAAUUACAUAUAUAUUUAUCUUUUAAAUAACACCAUUUAAUAAGACUGGCUAGUCCAAUUAUCAAUUCGGCCCCCCUCAAUCCAGCUAACAAUGCUUUCAGGCGAUGUGAAAACGAAAAAGAAAAACCAAACAAAUAAUAAAUCUGAAAAAAAAUCAAUUAAAAAAUCAAUUUGUAAGAAAAAAAAAUGAAUCAUACAAUAAUAAUGGAAUAAAAUGGAUAAAGAAAAUAAUAAUACAUUAAUACUUUAUAAAAAAAACUUGAUAAUUAUUAUUGAAUUAAUUGGGAAGCACCACAAUAUAAAAAAAAAAAGAUAUGAAUAAUCAAUGGUGCACCACAACGGUGUACAAAAUGAAAAUUAAUCUUAAAAGAUAUAAUUAAAAAUAAAAUAAUCUUACAAGAAAUUAUUAUAAAAGAACAAUAAAAUUAUAAAUUUAUACACCGCCAAGCAUCAUUUUAAUACUACAGAUUAUUAUCAUUUUUUAAUAUUUUUUUUUUUUCCUCUAUCUUCUUUUUUUUAUAUAUAUUUUUGUUUCGUGCGUGUGCGUGUAUAUGAAAUAUGUAUCACUCGAUUUGAAAUGUGAAAUUGAUACAAGUGCAUGGCGUUGAAACGAGACAAUUUUUUUUUUUUUUUUUCAUACAAUUAUUAAAUUUAUCUCUACAACCAUUGAUAAAGAGAAAUGUUUUCUUUUUUUUUCAAAUGUUAAAACAAUUUAAAAUGGAGAUAAAUUAUCUCUUCAUUUUUUUAAAAAUUAUUCUUAUUAUUUAUUUAUUAUAAUUAACGCGAGAUUCUAAAGACACAGAUCAUGGAUUCAAAGACUGGCCCCUCCGCUCAUGCCGGCUUAAUUAUUAUUUGUUUUAUUAUUUAACUAUUUUUUUGUAUUUUUGUUUUGUUAAAAAAAAAAAACAAAAAAAGAAAACGAUUAUUGGUCGUUUUGUGAUAAUUAUUCAGUACAUUUAAUUUGUUUUUUUUUUUCUAUUUUUGUCUUUGUGGUCGAACAACAACAGUUAGUUUAGUUUGGCACAAACACCACUGGCUGAGCCGGCAAUCGCUCAUUUUUAUUUCCUUUGUUAGAUUUUUUAUUUUUUUAAAUUUAUAUUUUUCCAUUAACACUCACACGAAUAAUUUGUUCAAUCAACCAUUUGCUCUUGGAUUCACGCGGCUACAUUCAUGUGUUUUUUAUUUUUUUAUUAUUUAUAUUUAUUUUCUUUUUUUUUCUCAUUUUUUCUAGUCGAUUUUUUUUUUUUUUUUGCAAAUUGUUUAUUCAUUCUUUCUCUUAACUGUACCACUGAAAUAUUUUAAUUGACUUGAAGGAAAAAAUAAUUAAUCUUAUAGGGUAAAAUAAUUCACAUGAGUUAUUUAAAAAUUUAUAAAUUUAAAAUUGAGUAAAAUUUUAAUUUUCAAUCAACUUGUAUUGUGUGUAUUUAUUUUUCCCUAUAAAAUUUAUUUUAUUUCGCAUUUAUCCCAGUUUUUUUUAUUGAUUGAUUUGUAUUUCGCUUUAUUUUUUUAACUUCACAUAUUUCAGGCUCAACGAUUGUCCCAAAAAUAACAAAAAAAAAAGAAAAAUAAAUAUUAUAAAAUAAAAAAAAUGAAAUAAAACACUUUCAUGCGUUGUAACUCUCCAAGUACACAAGUGUUUUAUUUAUUUUUUUUCAAAUUUAAAUGUCUACUUGACCCCGAAAAUACUUUUAGAUAUUUAUCGCUAUUAUUUAAUUUUUUUAAAUUAUUCACAAACUGUCCUUUGACUCUAACAAAAAGAGUGAAUAAAAAUUUAAUUUAAAAAACGAAAUUUUUGUAGAUUUUUGUGAGGAAAGUAGAAAAAUUAAAAAGUUCAAAAAAAAUAUAUAUCAUGCUUAAUUUUUGAAAUCUGUUUGUCAACGCUAUUAUCAUUUAUAUAUACUUUGUUAUUUUAAAUGAUUUUUUUUUUUUCUUCAUAUUAGUUUAGCUUAUUAUUUUGUUUUAUUUGUUACACUUAGAAACUAAUCGGUCACGGGCCUGUCGGCAUCGUUCUGUCAAUGUACUUUUAUAUUACCUUAAUGAAAUUUAAUUUUGUUUCAUUGUUUUUUCCUUCAUUUUACAUAUGUAUUGAUAUUUUAUCUUACACGGUUUUAUUAUACAACUAUAACACAUCAAGGAAAAAUCCAUUUCCACUUAAUGAAGCUAUCAUUAACGUUGUGUUAUCAUUGUUCAAGUUAUUUACGAAAAAAUGAGGAUAAUAAAUUCACCAAAUAGUGCAAAAGUUUUGACAAUGGAAGACAAUUAUCAAUUACUUUUUAAUAUUAUUUUCAUUGUUCAUUUGUAUUAAUGAGCUUACAGGAAAUUUCAAUUCCUGAUGACGGUAUUUUUCCUCAUUUUUUCUACACUAGACUGGAAGCAAUUUUUAAAAAUUCGAUAUUAUUUUUUAGGGCCCUUGUCAUUUACGCUGUAACUUACUAAAUUAAUAAAGAAAAAAAAAAAAACAAACCUAAGUACCUAGUAAUUGAAAAAAAAAAAAACAAACUCAUUAAAAUACUUUUUUUCUUUUUUUUUUUAACUCACAGGUAAAAUAUUUUUUUUCUAUGAAUAAAAAAAUGAUUGAUGUAAUUUUCUUUUGCUUGCUCAGCAAACUUGUGUUUGAAAUUUGUGUCUUAAUUGUUGGCAAUUAUGUGCGUAUUAAAACAUGUUUAUACAUAUUUAUUUUAUUAAAAUCGAUGCAAUUUAAAAUCAGUGAAUAUCACAUCAACUGACACUGAUGACA